AUGGACGACGGGCAAAAAACCACUGGAGCCGUGGAUGGGCGAUCUUCAGCAGACGACGGCAGCGGCGGUUUUGGCGGCGGCAUCGGCUACAAGCGAAGCGGCUGCUUCGAGGUUUUUGCCAAGGCGAGCUGGUACAGGGUGCACGCCGAACUGUACGGCGACCGCCUCGAGCUGACGCUCAAUGAGCCGCUGGAGCGCUUCGCUGGUCCUGGCAGCAUCGGCGGCAACGGUGAAGAUCACCUCGAGGUGCCGCCGCCCGAAGUCGUCCUGAUGCAGCAGGAUCUGUCGCUUGGCAACAACAACAACAACAACGGCACCAGCAGCCGCCGUCGCCUGGUGGCCAUUCGCCGAAAGCGACCCGGCGAUGGCCUGGGCAUCAGCAUCAAGGGCGGCCGAGAGAAUCGCAUGCCCAUUCUCAUCUCGAAGAUCUUCCGCGGCCUGGCGGCGGACGCCACCGGGCAGCUCUUCGUCGGCGACGCCAUCAUCGCCGUCAAUGAGGUCAGCCUGCGCGAGGCGACGCACGAGCAGGCGGUGGAAGCGCUGAAGAACGCUGGCGAGAGUGUCGUCCUUGAAGCCUAA